CCCCGCGUGACCGCGGCACUCGUAGGAGAUGGCGAAGGCCGGCUGAUCGCCACUCCGGUGCACAAGGAGAGCAUAGCGUCUAGGAGCAAGGAGGACCUGGCACAGGAGGCGGCGCUGGUGCUACAGCAGGCAGAGAGCCUUCACUGCGUGGCGCACGACAACCGACGAUUGCCCGGCCGAUUCAGCACACUUCCGGCGCGGCGUAACAAGAAGAGGCCGGAACUGCCGCUCGAUGUGAGACGCAGGAGCGAGGAACUCGGCGCGACCACGAGCAGCGCGGACCUCGUCGUCGAGGCAACACCGAGGCCGAAGAAGAAAGCAUUGGAGCGGAGCGCCAGCGAUGCCAGCGCGAGGAGGCAGCUGAGGGGCUCGCUAGCGAGGUUCUUCUCACCGAAGUUAGAGCGUAAACGGAAGCCGGUGGGACGUAGCGCGAGCGACGCGGCCAGCUCGUCGAGGUCUCAUCGGAAGAGAAGCGGCAGCGAGAGCGAGGGAUCGCAUCUCGGCAGCAGCCGCGCGAAGAAGCAGCUGUCGCCGAUAAUCGAGGCGUCGCCGUCGCACGUCGAUCAUCAGCCGUUCCAUUUCGGUGGCGUGGAGAACGGUAGCCGACCGGAGGCGAAGAAGUCGAAACAAGAGGAGACCGCCACGGAUGCCGAGGGGAGAGUGAGCGAACGAACGAGAGAGACGACAGAGACGAGAGAGAGGGUGGAGGAAGCGAGCCGAAUCGGGAAGCCACCGAUAUCGCCUAGGAGAGAAGCCAAGGGAGUGGUGAGACACAUACCCAUCGAGAUAGAGGCGGAAGAAGAGGACGAGAGAAGGAGGAGCAAGGAAGAAGCAACAGCGCGGAAGAAGGAGGAGAAGGCGACAGGUCGGACUCCCUCGCCGGUGGCAAAGGACGCUGGGGUCGACGAGGUGGACAAGGUCGCCGCAAGUAGCAUGCUGCACAGCAGUCGAUACGAUCUGCAGCAACGAACUGCAAGCGAGGAAUCGACGAUACACAAGAUGAUUCAUCGAUUGUCCAGCGAUCGGUCGCCGCCGCCGCAGCUGACGAAAACCAUGGUCUCGCCUGGGCCGGGAUUCGGUCACAACAACAACCGACCGUUCUCCUACACCAGACCGAACGAGUCCUGCAGCCCACCGCCCCCGCAGACCAACGUGAUCUACGCUCAGGUGCAGACCGACAAGAAGAAGGCGCAGAGAAGUCACUCGGACAGCGACGAGGGCCUCGGCCUCGAGCGGAAGGACUCGUCGCGCGAGAACAGUCCCGCGGAGAAGGAGUACCGCAGGACGGAUUACUCGUACAGCAGCGACUUGCGUCGCAACAACGAGAUCAACGCGUUCAAGUCCAGGUACGAGGAGGACAGGAAGAACAGCAGCACGCACUUCUCCAGCCACUACGCAGCCGGCGUGCAGGAUUACGCGAGCAGAAACGCGGACGCGAAACGGCGUCACGAGUUCGACGUCGACAUCGACAGACGCCUGUACGACAAGCCGGAGAAGUACACGUCCACGACGGUGUUCGUCGACACGUCCGGCAGAGGCAGGGCCGACGGCACGGACGCCAGGCAACGGGACGGCAACGAAUUCUCCGGCAGGCAGAAUACACACAGCGGAAUAUCGAACAAAACGUCCGAGCUGAGCGCCAGGCGCGACCUCCUCGAGUCGAGGAUCAAGUCGAGGCUGCUGGCCGACGAGAUGUUCGCCGCGAAGAACAGCGCGAACGUGCCGAUCAAGAAGUCCGAGCACGAGAUCAUCGACAAGCCGAUCGUCCCAUCGCCGGUCACCCCAAACCGCGUCGCCUCGCCCAAACGCUACAUGGACACGUACAUUACGGAGACGCGCACCAACAGCAACGGCGAGAAGUACAUCUUCGAGAAGGAGAUACACGAGGACAACGGCAAGGUGUACGGCUACGAGAAGAAGAUCACCAACAAGAUCCCGUCGGACGGUUACAUCGACGCGAAGCCGAGGGACGGAUACACGGUGGAAACGAGGACAGACAAGUACGGGGACAAGUACAUCGUUGAGACGCGUACGCACGAGGGCUACGCGGACGAUUUGAAGCCGUUCCUCGGCGACAGGAGUAGAACCAGCCCGGAGGACCGGUACCACGCGGCCAGAAACUCGACCAGCUCUUACAGCAAAUCGUCCGGCCUUCGUCCCGGCGAGAGCACCGUCACUCGCGAGCAGCCCAGGGAGAACAUUUCCUCGCCGAUGAUCGCCAACAACAAGUUCACCGCAACCGAGAGGAAGUUCUCCAAGAGCGACGACUUUCUGGACAGAGAGGUCAGACGACCGGUCAGAGAAAACGGCUACCUGCCGAAAAAGAAGAACAACAUCGAGUCGAUUCGCGGUAUGAGCAAGUCGACGCAGCGUUUGGACGAGGUCGCGCGUGAGAAUUCGCGCGUCAGGGCGCUGAGGAGCGAGUACACGAGCAGAUCGCACGAGAAUCUGACCAGUCACGCCGAUUACGUGAACGCGAGGGACGUGCGCCGGCCACUUCUGUCUGACAGCCCGGCGAUGAACGGACGAAAGGAGAGGUCGCCGUUCGCGAAACGACACCUGGACAGCCUGCGCGAGGGCCCGAACGACGACUACGACACGGACAUAUCGCAGAUGACCAGCAGUCAAUUGGAGUCCAAGUACUACAAGGAGACUCGCACCACUCAACGUUACACCAGCAGCAAGCAGCCGAUUCACGACGAUUACGACAGUUCCCCGCCGAGAAUACGGACCGAUCGCGGUGGCUACAACUCGAGCAGAUACGACUCGGACACCACAGCCAGGGACUCGAUCCGCUGCGAGACUCGGUACGACGAGACGUCGUCGCGCACGUUGAGGAAAGAACACGGUCGAAUGUUGGACGAAGAUCCGAAGAAACCUCUGAGAAGGUCGCGCAACCGAUUGGAUUACUUCGACGAUUCCGACGCGAGGGAGAGCCCGCGGGUGAAGACGGGUGUCGGUCGGCUGCAGCCGUUCGACGAGAGUCCCGCCAGGCCACCGAGAGCCUACCACGACGGCGGCAAGUCCCGGCACACCAGGCAAGAGACCAGAACGCACAUGGAGCGGCGACACCGCGAGACACGACUCAGUGACUCGGAUCGGAAGGAUCGUCUGGCCGAUUCCGGGAUCGAGAACGAUUACAGACGGGACUCGCAGGAGGUCGAUCGCCGGGAACAGAUCGAGUCCGAGGACGAGGGUUUCGUCACGAGGCAAUUUAUCAAACACGAGAGACGGCACACCGAUAGGAGCAUGAAUCUGACGCCGAACGAGCAACGGAAGUACGAUAAAUAUUCCAACGACACGGGCAAGUCGCCGCCGGUGACCGCGAAGCCGCCCUCCGGCGCCGACAAGAAGUACGAGAAGAAGGCGGCGAAGAAGAGCGGCACGAUGAGCAAGGUGAAGCAGCUGUUCAGCAAGAAGGAGAAAAAGGCCAAGGAGGAGAAGAACAAGAAGAACGCGAGGGGAAACGGCAGCGGCGCGCUCACCGACGACGAAGUGACGAUCAGGUACAGGGAGUACCGCGGCGAUCAGUUGAGGAGCGCCAAGAGUGCGCGGGACCUGGGCAGCGACAUCAAU